CUUCUUCUUCUUCUUCAGUGCAAAAAAGUUGAUCGGUUUGUACCUUUUCAUCACCAUGAAAUUAAUUACGCAUCUGUGUUUGGUUGCUGAGAAACCGAGGAAAGGAAAACAAUUCCAGAAUGGAAAACCGAAACCACGUUCCGUAUAUCGUUAUCUAGUUUGAUUUUGUCAUCGAUAUCUUUUCUGUUUAAAUGUUUUGGCGUAGGUUAGAAGAAGCUUUGUGGAUGGCUUACUUAAGAAAUGGCAGAAAUGUCAUCCGUCAAAUCAUUAAAGACACCAACAUCCAUAGCCCCGACUCGGAUCGCAUGAUAAAUCCUCUGCUCUAUGCUUGUCAAGGAAUUAGGUACAGAAAGUUGGAGGUCAUUCUAACAACGAGCGUAGAAAAGCUUGGCAAAGCUGGCCAGACAGUGAAGGUUGCGCCCGGACAUUUUCGCAACCAUUUGAUGCCCAAGUUGCUUGCUGUCCCAAACAUUGAUAAGUAUGCUUAUCUCAUCAAACAGCAGCGGAAGAAUUGCCUGCUUCAAGAAGAAGAGGAAGAGGAAGAGGAGGAGGUUAAAGUAGUUACUGUGUCUGAGGAAGCUAAGCAGAGGGAAUAUCAGAAGGCAGCAAAAAUUCUGGCCAAUUCUCGUCUGGUACUGAGGAGGUCUAUCAAUCUUGAAAAGUUCCGUACACGUGCAACGAAAGAAGACGCUAUAGAAUUGAAAUCCCCUGUGACAACGGAAGAUCUUGUGGCUGAGGUGGCAAGGCAGCUUUGUGUGCACAUUCUACCGGAAAACGUGCAUCUCCCGUCUCCUUUGUUAACUGUGGGAGAGUAUGAGGUGCCUUUGCGUCUUCCGAAGUCCAUCCCUUUGCCGGCGGGGAAGAUUCAAUGGACUCUUAAUGUUAAAAUCCGUACUGCAUAAACACUGGUCGUUUCAAAUGGAUUCUCUCAUAAUGUCGUGAGGUUCACUGUUCUGGUUUUCGUGGUAUAAUUGUUGUAUUGCCUGAUAUACUUUGGAAUGGAAGUCAUUCCUAUAGUAACCCCUGGUUUAAGUACUUUGUUUCUGGUUUCAACAAUUUUGAUGACAAAGCCUGGAUUUUGCGGGUGCAAUUA